CAUCUCUAAGGACCGGCUUCCCUCUGAAUCUAAAUGGAUUUACCCCUCACCCACCCUGCCCGGGCCCCCAGAAAAGACAGCGCCUCUCAGUGAUGCGUCCGGAACACCUGGAGGGUGGGCGUGGGGGAUAACCUAGGCUGAGCGGGUACGAAAAAGAGGUGUAUACCAGCAACCCCCAGCCUGGGCAGCCCCAGUACCGCGCGGGCCUGAGGGGGUCCAGGCUGGUCAGCGGCCCCAACCUGGGGGGUCCAGUUGCCGGCAGCCCCAAGUCUCGCGGUGCUACGUCUCGGACCCGGGAGCCCGGCAGGGCGCUCCCCGCCGCGCGACAAAGGCUGAACCGAGAGGAGGAGGCCGCGCAGGGAGGAGGAGCAGAUAGAGGCGGGGGCGGCGGGCCGCGGCAGCGGGAAGCGUGGGGGAGCGGCGCCCGCCCGCGCCGUCCUUUGUGUGGCCGCGGCGCUGGCCUGCGCUGGUCCCCGCUGCGCGCUCCGCGCGCGCCGAUCCUCCCAGCAAGAUGGCAACCCCGGCGGCGGUCAACCCUCCGGAAAUGGCUUCAGACAUACCUGGAUCGGUGACAUUGCCUGUUGCCCCAAUGGCGGCCACUGGACAGGUGAGGAUGGCAGGAGCCAUGCCUGCCCGUGGAGGAAAGCGGCGUUCUGGAAUGGACUUCGAUGAUGAAGAUGGUGAAGGUCCCAGUAAAUUUUCAAGAGAGAAUCACAGUGAGAUUGAACGGCGCAGGCGGAACAAGAUGACCCAGUACAUCACAGAGCUCUCUGACAUGGUGCCCACCUGCAGUGCGCUGGCCCGGAAGCCAGACAAGCUCACCAUCCUCCGCAUGGCUGUCUCACACAUGAAGUCCAUGCGGGGCACAGGGAACAAGUCUACUGAUGGCGCAUACAAGCCUUCCUUCCUCACCGAGCAGGAACUGAAGCAUCUCAUCUUGGAAGCAGCUGAUGGGUUCCUGUUUGUAGUAGCAGCUGAAACAGGGCGAGUGAUUUACGUGUCUGACUCUGUCACCCCUGUUCUCAACCAGCCCCAGUCAGAGUGGUUUGGAAGUACCCUCUACGAACAGGUGCAUCCCGAUGAUGUGGAGAAGCUGAGAGAGCAGCUGUGCACCUCAGAAAAUUCCAUGACAGGCCGGAUCCUGGACCUGAAGACAGGGACAGUCAAGAAGGAAGGGCAGCAGUCAUCCAUGAGGAUGUGCAUGGGCUCACGGCGCUCCUUCAUCUGCAGAAUGAGAUGUGGAAAUGCUCCUUUGGACCACCUUCCUCUUAACAGAAUAACCACCAUGAGGAAAAGAUUCAGGAAUGGCCUUGGCCCUGUAAAAGAAGGAGAAGCCCAGUAUGCAGUGGUCCACUGCACAGGAUACAUAAAGGCUUGGCCACCAGCAGGAAUGACAAUACCUGAAGAAGAUGCUGAUGUGGGACAAGGCAGUAAAUACUGCCUUGUGGCAAUUGGGAGACUCCAGGUGACCAGCUCUCCCGUGUGCAUGGACAUGAAUGGGAUGUCAGUGCCCACAGAGUUCUUAUCUCGCCAUAACUCUGACGGAAUCAUCACAUUUGUGGAUCCAAGAUGCAUCAGUGUGAUUGGCUACCAACCCCAGGAUCUUCUGGGAAAGGACAUUUUGGAGUUCUGCCACCCUGAGGAUCAGAGCCAUCUGCGUGAGAGCUUCCAGCAGGUGGUUAAGCUGAAAGGCCAAGUACUGUCGGUCAUGUAUCGAUUCCGCACCAAGAACCGUGAAUGGAUGCUGAUCCGCACCAGCAGCUUCACAUUCCAGAACCCUUAUUCUGAUGAGAUCGAGUACAUCAUCUGCACCAACACGAACGUCAAGCAACUUCAGCAGCAGCAGGCAGAAUUGGAAGUGCAUCAGAGAGACGGGUUGUCAUCAUAUGACUUAUCUCAGCAGGUCCCUGUCCCCAACCUAUCUGCUGGUGUUCACGAGGCUGGGAAGACUGUAGAAAAGGCAGAUGCAAUCUUCUCCCAAGAAAGAGACCCACGGUUUGCUGAGAUGUUUGCAGGAAUCAGUGCAUCGGAGAAGAAGAUGAUGAAUUCAGCCUCUGCAGCAGGAACCCAGCAGAUCUACUCUCAAGGAAGCCCAUUCCCUCCUGGACACUCGGGGAAAGCCUUCAGCUCUUCAGUAGUUCAUGUACCUGGAGUGAAUGAUAUUCAGUCCUCCUCCUCAACGGGCCAGAACAUGUCCCAGAUUUCCCGGCAGCUAAACCAGAGUCAGGUGGCAUGGACAGGGAGUCGUCCACCCUUUCCGGGACAGCAAAUCCCAUCUCAGUCCAGCAAGACCCAGUCAUCUCCCUUCGGGAUUGGAACAAGCCACACCUACCCGGCAGACCCCUCUUCCUACAGUCCUCUCUCCAGUCCAGCUACCUCCUCACCCAGCGGGAAUGCCUACUCCAGUCUUGCCAACAGGACUCCAGGGUUCGCUGAGAGUGGACAAAGUAGCGGGCAGUUCCAGGGGAGGCCCUCAGAAGUCUGGUCACAGUGGCAGAGCCAGCACCACGGCCAGCAGAGCGGUGAGCAGCACUCCCACCAGCAGCCCGGUCAGACUGAAGUGUUCCAGGUAAAUCGAGCGAGCACCGCCUUCUCGACAUGCUGCCAAUGCCAGGAGAUCCCACCCAGGGGACUGGCAACUAUAAUAUCGAAGACUUUGCUGACCUGGGCAUGUUCCCACCAUUUUCUGAGUAACUGCGGGCAGAGCGAGGCUCCCACUGUAGAGUGCUACCCACGCCAUGACACCAAUGCCCAUGUGAAUGGGACCCCCCUAGCCUGGCUUGCCCUGAUGCAGGACCCCCCACCAAAAGCACCCCACCACCCCCACAUACCCUAGGCACAGCAUCACUCAGCUCUAAUCCACAGCCAUGGCUUCUCGGCCACGGACUAGGGGCCCUGCUUUUAGAUGUUUGGGAACCCAUUGUAUUUAUUGUAUUUUAUCUGUGUGUGCUUGGAAAGUGAGCCUAUUGGGUCCUUAAAUUCAGUUGUGAAUAGUCUCUUAAUAGAUAAUUUACACACAUAAAAAGUUCAGUCAAUGCCUAGAGCGACUAGCACACCAUCACACCUGCUGGGGGUGCUGAAUCACAUUAUGUCUUGCUUUUCACUACUGCUGACUGGGUGGGACUUGGGGGGCGGGGGGGUUGGAAGAAGAGGCCAGCAGGAUGCAGAGCCUUUGUUCCAUGCACUGGAGCCAAGUGGCACAAGGAUGCAGAGGUGGAUGCCCUUCAGCUCUGCUAAUCUUCUAUGUGCCCAUUGUGCUUUGGGACAUAUUUACUUUGUGCAGUGAGACAUGAACUUUCUGUCCUAAUGAAUGUGUUGUGCCUCGUGUCCAUCAUGUGUGGCCAGGGUGAGUGUAUAGAAUCCAAAGUCUGUAGUAAGCAUGAGAACUGAAGUGAGUGGCCCCCGUCUCCAAGCUCAGGAGCAUCCUGAUGGAAAGACGAUCAUCCUGGGACCCAGGAGCUGGCCUGACCAGCAGGACUCAGCAGGCUAGCUCUUCAGUAGUGACACCAGGAACCAGGAAUGGGGACCUGCUUACCUUAAUAGGUCAGUUCUUGGUCUACCUACCUACUGCAGAUCCAAGCCCUUCCUAGAGGAACUAGCGCUGUCCUCCUUUCAGAGCCUCAUAGGAGUGCUUGUCCUUCCUAUUUGUCUGAACACGUGCUUCUAAUUCCAUGUAGCUGUCUCCAGCCCUACUCCAUUGGGAGAGGGAGCUUGUCCCCACCCAAAAAUGCAGGAAAGCACACCUUGAGGUCACAAAGGCAUACAGGUGUGGAUGGCAGGGGCAAGAUGCCCAGCCUCCUCAGGUCUCAUGCCACAUUCUGCUCAGUGACCUGGAGGAGGCUUGGGACCACCACCCCGCUUUGUGUGGAGAAAUGCACUCUGGACCACUUUCCUCCUGGCCACCUGAGCCUCUGUCCUGUGCUUGGCAGCAGGUACAGAAGUAUCUUUGGAUGGACAUGAUACAGAUCUGUGAGGCAGAAGACUCAAACUCUGGUUCUGGUUCCAACUCUGAUUCUGCCACAUGUCCACAUGUCUGAUUGUCUCAAGACAAGAAUAUGAUCUGACUUCUAGAAGUUUCUACUUGGGUAACCCCUUAACCCAGAGUCCCUGGCUUACUGUGUUUUACUCAGAUUUGAGAAGAUGAGUUUAGGACCCCAUCCCCCCACUUUCACGUUCCUCUACUUCCUCCCCUACUCUUUACAUGGACAAGGACUCCCUUAAUUUCCCUCAUUUUCUUCUUUUCCUAUCCAUCUUUUCUAAUCCCCAUCCAUCAGCCCACUGAUGCCUAUGUGAGAGAGAAGUCACACAAGGCUGCAGAUACAGGGACCCACCUUGUGGGAAAGCCCUGGAGUAUCUAUCUCCUGUAUCCCCUUGGAAACUUCUCACAGGUACUGCUUAGUUUUAUAAAUGCUCAGAAACAACCAAAGUGUCCCUACCCAUGGAUUCUGGUGUUGGUUCUAGGCUGCCUGAGAGCAGAGUAAACCCAGUGUGCAGGAAGAAGCCAAGGGGAGAAUUGCUCUGGUUCUUUGAAGAUCCUGUUUUAUACAGCAGCCUGUCUGGCAUCCAGGGAGAUCCAUGUGCCCUGUGUUUCUGCUGAACUUCGGAAAGCCCAAUAUAAUCCAGUAGAAUGCCCUUUACCAGUAACCAGCCUCGGUUUCAAGACUGAUGGAGCCCUGAUUUUAUGGUUUCUACAGCAGCUCUUAACCCUUUUGUAGUUGAUGGUGAGUGGUCCUGAGUGUAGGUGCAUGAGGAGCUGGCUCCAACCCAGAGGCUUCCCUGCAACUGGGGAAAUAGGAGGUACCUGACACUCAGAGAGCCCUAACAGGACCAGCCCAGAACAGUUGUCCCUCUGUGCCACCUACCCUCUAUCCCCCUCUGCCCUAACAACAUCAAGCUUGCCCUGGCAGUGGGCAUGAUUGUCUCCAAAAAAAGAUACAAAAAUAGCUUUUGAAGCAAAAUGUUUCUCAAUGGCAUGAAAAAUAGACGUCAUGUGGCCUUUGGCUUGUGACUUCAGGAGUUUAGGGGUCUUGUGUUUGAUUUUGCCUUCUGUUUUUUGGAGGGAAGUCAGGGACUUUUCUCAGGUGCCCACCAGAGGUGAACACCUUGGCCAUGACUGUUUCUUGGCACUGAGGGGACGUUGAAGAAAUAAAAGGACCCUUCCUCCAGGUGACCUUGCUUCUAUUUUUCUCCCUUGACUAGGAAUUUAGGGGACUGCCAACUCAGUUUUUAGUCCUAUGAGGUGAACAGGGAGCAUCACGAUUCGAUAGAACCACACUUCCCUUCUCAGCAGAUUUGCUGCUAGCCUUCCCACUUACUUUCCUUAGCUAAGCAAGCAAUAGGUUUUCCAUAGAAGGGGGCCCAAAUGCAGCUUUACUGAGGCUCCACCAAGACUGCACCAGUGACUUGUGGGAGUGGCCACGAAUGGUUCUAGAAUAUUCUGCCUGAGUGUCACUCCUUCCUAGCUUUGCUUUUAGUGUUGGUUUCAGGGAGCAAGAGAGCCAUUACAAACAGCCACCUUCUCUACUUUCUAACACAACUAAUUCAACAUUUUUUUUAAUUUCAGGAAUAGUAAAUGUUGCAAAUAGCAGAGAUGGAGAGAUUAUGAAAGUUAAUGGAAUUUACACCAGAGAGAUUAAAUGUUCUGUGUCAAUGAAGCAACUGUGUGUUCCCCAGAUUACAGGUAUUGGUGCUCCUAGUUAGUUGGUUUAACCAAGAGAUGAGGCAGACCCCAGGAAAAUUAGUUGCUCUUUCCCUGCCUGCAGUGUUUUACCCAACUAAUGAGCUCUGUGAAAACAGAGAUCAUUCACCUGUCUAGGCCACCUGCUCCUUAACAGUCAUGACCUGCCCCAUAAACAAGAGCAAGCCUGUUACCCAACAGCUCUAGCAGUGACAAGUCAGACUAGAAAAGCCCUUUGUAUUAUCAGAAAGGUGUUUGGUCAUUAAGUUGCUGUGUCCUAACUUACCAUGCUACUACCUGUUGCUAGUGAGUCCUGUGCACUGAGGAGCCAUGAGCCACCUUGCUGUCCACUUUCUCCUCCACUGCCUGGACCCUGAGAAGCUUGAAGAGCCUUACUUGAGGGUGCAGGCACAUUGUCACAUGUAGGUGUGUGCCUGGGCCUUGUGGCCAGAGCUGGUUUUAUGGCCAAUCAAUCAGCCAAAGUCUGUGGGGCACUAACAAAAAAAAUGGGUUUUUCAAGACUGCGCAGAAAUGGGUGGCUCAUUUCUAACAAUCUGUUUCCUAAAAAAAAAAAAGAUUCCACAAGCAGGCUUCAGUGGACAUUAAGCACUUAAUCAUCUCUCCUUUAACCUUUCUUCUUAUGGAUGUGAACUGUGCUGUGGGUAAAUCAUUUGUAUUUCUUGAAUGUUCUCUAUGACUAACAGUUAUUAAGUUGGUUGUGUAUAUGUAUAACUAAUGUAAUUGCCUUUUAAAUUUUCAUUACAAUAAAAAUGACUUUGCUCUGAACAA